GGAAAUGGAUGGUUCGGUUCACGACCGGAGUGUGAAUGAACUACGAACGGCACUCGAUAUUCAGCGCGCCAAUCUUGAUAUGAUCACGUUGACCAACCCUGGUGUCGUUGAGCAGUAUGAGCGGCGAAAGAAUGAGGUUUGCAUCGCUCCAUUUUUAAUAUGAGGGUCUUCAUUUACCACGAUGACAAACAGAUCGAAGCUCUGACGAAAACUCUGGAAGACAGAGAGAUGGCUACGCGGAAAGUGGAGCGAGAAAUUAAGAACGCUAGAGAUCGUUGGCAACCUGCCCUCGAACAACUUGUUGCGAGCAUCGGAAAGAAAUUCUCUGCUGCAUUUGAUCGCAUUGGCUGCGCAGGUGAAAUCCGCAUCAGCCCCCAUGACGAUUAUGACAAGUGGGCGAUCGACAUUCUCGUUAAAUUCCGUGAUAAGGAGAAGUUGCAACUUCUUACGGGACAGAGGCAGUCAGGCGGCGAACGGUCCCUCACCACUAUCUUAUACCUGAUGAGUUUGACUGAAGAGGCCCGAACGCCGUUCUCUCUCGUUGACGAGAUUAAUCAGGGUAUGGAUCAACGCGCUGAGCGUGCAGUACACAAUUCCUUGGUCGAAGUCACAUGCAAGCCUGACAGCGCACAAUACUUCUUGAUCACCCCUAAGCUGCUUCCUGACCUCGACUAUCACGAACGCAUGAAGGUUCUCUGUGUCAACAACGGAGAAUGGCUUCCGGAGACGCCGGGUCUGGGUAACAUGAUGCGCAUGAUCGAGAACUAUGUACAGAUCCACGAUCGUUCUUCUGUACAGAAGCGCGACCGUUCCUCCAGAGCUGGUUGAUCAAUGAUGUUUUGCUCACUUUCGUUACAAUACUGUAUCAACGUCAUCAUCUGCACUAACCUGCAGUAUACAAUUGUACCAGUGCUUUCACCCAUAAUAUGCUGGC